UUUCUUCCCCGAGUUACACUAAAUAACUGGACGGGUUAGACGUUAAUGAGAUUUUGCUGUGCGCUUAUUAGCUAUGAUAGCUAACAGUGUUAGCUAGCUAACUUUAGCAUCUUAGCUAGCCGGUGUCGAGACAUUAUAAGUAGUUAACCUGUUGGCAAAUCAUUAAACCGAAAGCUCCUACAUGUGAGCCUUACCGCUAGAAUACGCGAUACGUUUCUGGAGAUCGUUGCCACUUUAUUACUAUGUGACGGUCGGCAGUGAAAGCUUGGCGUUAUAAUCUGUCUGGGUUAAGUUGACAGGGGGACUGUGGGGCUGUACGUGACGUCACCUAGCGAUUUCCAAUUCUUCAGUACCGAGUCCCGUCACAGCCACGAUGUUCCCCAGCCUGGCCCACAGACCGUGGCGUGUGUUCUGCCGAGUGUCGCUACAGCACAGGGCCUCGCUGUGCCACCGAUCCGCGAGGACUCCCCAUAUGGGCUGUGGUUGGCAAAGUGUGGGCAUUCACAGCUUGUGGUUCAGCCUGCCAGACUGCCGUAGAGCUUAUCUUGGCUUUAGACAAGUCCAGUACUACUCUAACUCUGGUUCCAGCAAAGAUGAUCCUCCAAAGCCAUCAUCGGAAGAGGUUCCAGUUGCAGACAAGAUUGGGUCUGGUGCUACAAAAGCCACUGCAGGGUCAUUAGGCUUGACACCUCAGACACUCAGUAAGGUUGAGACCAUUCAAGUAAAAGUACGGGCUGUUCUGAAGAAGAGGGAGUAUGGAAGCAAGUACACUAAAAACAACUUCAUCACAGCAGUCAGAGCCAUGAAUGAAUUCUGCCUCAAAUCAAGUGACCUGGAACAUCUACGGAAGAUCAGAAGGCGUAGCCCCCACGAUGACACAGAGGCUUUCACUGUGUUCCUGCGGUCAGAUGUGGAGGCAAAAGCUGUGGAUGUGUGGGGAAGUCCCGAAGCUCUUGCAAGAGAACGAAAACUCAGGAAAGAGGCGGAAAGAGAGUUCCAAGAGAAUAUUUUUCGAAAUCAGCAGUUGUUGAAGGAAUACAAAGAUUUUUGGGGGAACACUAAGCCUCGAUCGGGUAAGAGGAUGACAUUUCUGCAAGGGCCAGGGCGAGUGGUGAUGGUUGCUAUUUGCAUCAACGGUCUGAAUUUCUUCUUCAAGCUCCUGGCUUGGGUCUACACUGGAUCUGCUAGCAUGUUCUCAGAGGCCAUCCACUCGCUUGCUGACACAUGCAAUCAGGUCCUCCUGGCACUUGGAAUCAGCCAGUCUAUCCGCAACCCCGACGCCGUGCACCCGUACGGCUUCUCGAACAUGCGCUACAUCGCCUCCCUCAUCAGUGGAGUCGGCAUCUUUAUGAUGGGAACGGGUCUCUCUUGGUACCACGGCAUCAUGGGAUUGUUGCACCCAGAGCCAAUUGAAUCUCUACUGUGGGCCUACUGCAUUUUGGCUGGCUCUCUCGUGUCUGAAGGAGCCACAUUACUGGUAGCUGUUAAUGAGAUAAAGAAGAGUGCACAGAAGCAAGGACUGAGUUUUUAUGAAUACGUACUGCAGAGUCGAGACCCCAGUACAAAUGUUGUGCUGCUGGAGGACACUGCUGCUGUGCUCGGAGUCAUCCUGGCUGCUGGCUGCAUGGGGCUGACCUCUCUAACAGGUAACCCGCACUAUGACAGUCUGGGUUCUCUAGGCGUGGGCGCCUUGUUGGGCACCGUGUCGGCCUUCCUCAUCUACACCAACACAGAGGCAUUGCUGGGACGCUCCAUCCAGGCUGAACAUGUGCAGAAACUUACAGAGCUCUUGGAGAACGACCCCGCUGUGAGAGCCGUCCACGACGUGAAGGCCACGGACAUGGGACUGAGUAAAGUUCGCUUCAAGGCUGAGGUGGACUUUGAUGGCCGGGUGGUGACACGGUCUUACCUGGAGAAACAAGAUAUUGAUCAAAUCCUCAAUGAAAUCCAGCAGGUGAAAACUCCAGAGGAGCUGGAGACCUUUAUGCUGAAGCACGGGGAGAACAUCAUUGAUACUCUGGGCGCUGAAGUGGACCGCUUGGAAAAAGAACUCAAGGAGCGUAACCCAGAGGUUCGUUACGUAGAUUUGGAAAUUCUAUAAUACACAUUUCUGCUGCGGAAACAUCCUGUUGUUACAAAGAGAACCUGCAAGAGGAGAAACUUAAAGAGCCGAGCUACCUCUGGAUCCUGAUGUCUGACCCCCACAAAAACACCUUCAUCUCUCCAACAAAUCAACGGUUCUUGCUGUGGAACAGUCCAGAAUCCUGUACAAGGGUGGUGUAUGCCCCGAGAGCGAGCUUUAUUUGUAUUGUUUGAACUCCACCAUCAGUUCAGCUUGCAAGCGAUCCUCCUGCAUCCAAUGGUGACUCUUGUCUGUUCCAUUGAAUUUCAAGAGAAAUUGUAACGUGUCACAUGAUUAUUUUUAUUUAUUGUUUUUUUUUGUGGGGGGGGGGGGGAUUUACAUUCCUGAAACAAUUAUUUGGAUAUUGUUUGAUCCGGGACAGGUUCUGAAUGGAAAAGCAAGACUAGUAUCUGCAACCAGAUUUCAUGUUCUGAUAGAAAUUCAGGAGCUAUAUAUUUAAGCAAGAUGUUUUUAAUUACUAGACAUAUGUAGGUUUUACGUUUAAAGACAGAAAAAGUAAUGAUAUUGAUGCUACUGCAGGUUUCUUAUCAAAAUCUGAAUUUGAAAAGAUUUUUCUCACAAUUACUCAAAAAAUAUGCAAACUUGAGAGUUUUCUGGAAGCACUAAAGAGUGGGCUCGCGCUGAACAGACAGGGUAAACAUUAAUGCUACUCCAAUGGCCUGAUUGCACACAAUAAUCAUUUUUGAUUUAAACUGGCCAACAAAAAAUUGUGUUUUAUAAUGCAACAUUUUGGAUGUGCCGCGUUUCUCUGGUGCAUGGUCCGGCACACAAAUGCCUCCGUUUUGAUGACCCUGGUACCUAGAGAAGACCAAGCGUACUCCCACAUUCCAUCUGACUUCCAUCAACCAGUUGUCUGCCCAUCCAGGACCCAAAGUGGUUCUGUUGUGUGGUUGAUGUGGCACUAACACAUGCUUUGCAUCACUGACUCGACACAGCAUUUGAAAAUCCUUCACGUCCAGGUUUUAAUGUUCCCACUAAUGCUGGCUGAUGGAAUGUGUGGCUUUUUUAUUGGACAUGCUUUUGUUUGAGUAAUUUCCUGGAACAGAGUAAUUUGUUAGAAAGUAGUUCCUGGAGUCUGGUCUGUUGAAUUGAAAGCCUUUGUCAUUGUAUAGAAUCUAUUCAGGCGUUGUGACAAUUCCUCGGGCACAAUGGUCUCACAAGAAGGAGCGGAACAGAACAGUACAUACAGAACAGUUUUACCUGGCAUAUUCUCGGGUUUUAGCGCUGCACAGUCUUCACUGUUAAACGAGAAGGGGUGAUGCAACGUUAACAUGAAUGGCAGUAAUCCAAUUCUUGACCUUCUUACAAUUAAGACCAUAUUUUAAUUAUGGUCAUGAGUUAUUUAUAGAAUAUUCCAUUCAUAUUUGCAUUUGGAUGUUGUAGAAUAUUAUGCACAGCCUUGUCAAAUGGAACAUUUUAUCUUUCACCAAAUUAUUCUUUCCAUUGCACAAAUGAAAAAAAAAAAAAUUAUAUUACGCCUAAAAGCGAUGCUCGUCAUUUGAUGUUUUAUUAAUUUAUAACCAAGAGAACUUACAUUUUGGUGUGUGUCACUGGGCCUUUGAGAUCAAGAGGUUCCAAACAGUUCAACACGAAAUUAGCAGUCCAAUCCAAACAAUGGGACUUACCAGAUUUGGUCGACAUCGACAUCUGUCAUGGUCUUAAAAUGACGACAUAGUCCGUACUUGAGGCCGUGCAUUGAUGUCUUCAUGUACAGACUGCCGUCUGUGUUCCUCAAUCCAGCGAAAAUUCGCAACAGAUAUUUGUCAAAUUCAUCCCACAGCGUUUCUCCUUCAAGCUGAAGAUGUCCCAACGAACACUGCAAAUGUCUCCAGACGGCUUACGGCGUACUGUAUUUUUUUUUGUGUGUGUGUGUGUGUGUUAGAAGAACGAGCACUGACAUAAGCUUGUUCAAAUCGUCAUCUGUCACCAAAACAAAUCUCCGCCAUGUUUGUUUUUAAGGUAAGCGGCCUCGCUGCUAGUGGUAGUAGCGUGCAAUGGUACAAAAUGUAUGAAACCAAAUUUGCACGGUAAAUGGAACAAAAUGGCAGAUUGGAUGAAUGAUUAAUUUCAUGUGACAUGCAAACCACCAAUCAAAUGACAAGGAUCUAUUUAGGAGUUAUAUAAAUUGCAAUUACUGACUCAUGGCCUCAUUACGUCCCCUGUGCCGCACGUCAAAAAGUGCUGUGAAUCCAACUAAAACUGGAAUACACCACACCUUAAUGACAUUAUUUCUUUACACAGUGUGUGGUCGAGUUAAUCAGAACAUGCUGUUAACAUGGCAAGAUUUUAUUCAGAUUAUUGUCUGAAUCGGGUUAAUAUCAGAAUGUUGCUGGUGGAUACCAUCGUCCAUGUUUCAAAGAUGGGACAGAGAUCUAGGAAGGGUCCAAUAAAUUUGAAAGGUCACCAGGCCAGUUAGCACAAGAGCUUAAUGUUUGCCCCUGAAAGAGUAGCACUCAAAUAUGCAAUUCAUAGAAAUAUUCAAGUGAAAAUACAGCGAACCUUUCAAAACUUUUUUACCCAGUAGCAUGCCUCGUUUUUGCUCUUACCAACGUAGUCCCGUGACACUGGCACUUGAUUGUAUUUUUCCAGAGGUGAAGUGGUUCUCCUGUAUGUUUUACUGCUGAAGUCUUUCAUCUUUGAGAGCCACUUUUUUGUUUUUGCAGCCACAGAAGUGACUGCGCGUGGAGACACGGGUGCGUACUAACAGAGUGAAACAGCAGCAGGAGGCGGGUUCGAGUCAUUUCCCUUUGGCAGAGGGUAGACAUGUAUUAUUGAAUGUGUUAAUUGUGUCAUUUCCCCUUUUUAGUUUGGACAGUGCUGCCACCACUGAAGGAGUUGAAGAAUAAAUAUAUGGUAAUUUAUUAAAUUAUUUUGGUUUCUUU